AUGAAACAGCUCGCAUCAUUGUUAUCAGAAAGGGCUACGGGGACUUUGCCGGCAGACACUAAGAAGAAACAAAAAGAGACGAUCGUGGUCGUAUCUCUCAUGAGUGGGAAUACUUUAGUAGAGCCCACUGCAAAACCAAGGGCUGAGAAGGAGAUAAACUCAACUAAGAUAGCAGAAGAACAAAAAAUUGGUGAAUCUCUGCCUAAGGAGGAUAUUAGCAUCAGGGAGGUUGAUAAGCAUAAAUUAAGCAGCGUAGUUGAGGAAAGCAAGCGCAUGUCAGUGUUACCAUUUCCUCAAAAGAUGAAGCGGGAGAAACUAGACAAAUGUUUUGAGAAAUUCUUGGAGAUGCUAAAACAGUUGUAUGUGAACAUCCUGUUCACCGAGGUGCUCACCCAGAUGUCAGCCUAUGAAAAAUUCCUAAAGGAAAUCCUUUCAAGUAAAAGGAAGCUCGAGGAAACGAAAGUGGUAAAAAUCAAUGCCCACUGCAGUUCCAUUCUACAAAAUAAAAUCCCUCAAAAAUGUGGGGAUCCUAGCAGUUUCACUAAACCCUACUCAUUGGGGAGCAAAUAUUUUGACAAGGCCUUGUGCGAUUCGGGUGCAUCCAUUAACUUGAUGCCAUUAUCAGUGUUCAAGAAAUUAGAAAGAGAACUAGGAGUGAUAAAAUUUGUCCCGGUAUCUUUGCAACUGACUGAUCAGACCAUGAUCAUACCGGAGGGCAUAAUUAAGGACAUUCUGGUGAGGGCGGACAAAUUUGUCUUCCCAAUAGACUUCAUCAUAGUAGACAUGGAAGUGAAUAAGGAGGUACCUAUAAUCCUAUGGAUACCAUUAUUUUGCACUGGUUGGGUUAUUCUUGAUAUAUAUGAGGAGCAACUCAUGCUACGAGUGGGAAACAAAAAACUGGUGUUUCAAAUAAAGAAAAUGAUGAAAUACCCAUGUGAUGAGGCAUCUGCCUAUGCUUGUCUCAAACUGGAUGUGGUGAGAGAGUUAGCUGAACAACAUAAGCUGGAUAAGCUGGUAGCUGAUUCAUUAGAGAGAUGCAUUAGUCAAUCAAGCACAACGAAGGAUGAAAAUCCUGAGAUCAAGAAGGAAGUCGAGGCACUAUAA